CUUAAAACUCAUUUGGCCCGUCAAGAUGGCAGCUGCGAUGGAUGUAGAUGCGCCGAGUGGCACUAGCAGUGGCUCCAGCAAGAAACGUUUCGAGGUUAAGAAGUGGAACGCUGUGGCUCUGUGGGCCUGGGACAUUGUUGUGGACAACUGUGCCAUCUGCCGUAACCACAUUAUGGACCUCUGCAUCGAGUGUCAAGCCAACCAGGCUUCAGCCACCUCUGAGGAGUGCACGGUCGCCUGGGGCGUGUGCAAUCACGCCUUCCACUUCCACUGUAUUUCCCGCUGGCUGAAGACCCGACAGGUGUGUCCGCUCGACAACAGAGAGUGGGAGUUUCAGAAGUACGGCCACUAGCUGUGGCUUUAACCCAGCGAGUCUGCUCUCACCUCCCUCUUCAAAGAUGCUCCAGUUCCAGCGACUCUGUUGUUCUCUGUGGUCUUUAUUUUGAUAUGUUCCCUAAUAAAGUGUGCCCUCCGUG